AUGGACAUACAUAGGGCAGAGGCAUCGCAGCAGAUCCCAUCCUCCACGCAUUGCCUCAAGGCGCGUGAAGAGCAAGAAAGGUUCCUCCGAGAGGCCGAAGAGGCCAAGCAGAAGGCUUUGGCGGAGCAACAACAAGCCACGAAAGAAGCAGAGGAGGCGAAGUUGAAGGCUGCAGAAGAAGCGGAAGAAGCCAGACUGAAGGCUUUGGCCGAACAGCAGAAGGCAGCCGAAGAAGCGGAAGAAGCCAAGCUGAAGGCGCGCGCCGAGCAAGAAAGGUUCCUCCAAGAGGCCGAAGAGGCCAAGCAGAAGGCGUUGGCCGAACAGCAAAAGGCGGCAGAAGAAGCCGAAGAAGCAAAGCUGAAGGCACGUGAAGAACAGGAAAAGUUCCUCCGAGAGGCCGAAGAGGCCAAGCAGAAGGCUUUGGCGGAGCAACAAAAAGCCGCAGAAGAAGCAGAAGAGGCGAAGUGGAAGGCUUUGGCCCAGCAGCAGCAGGCGGCAGAAGAAGCCGAAGAAGCCAGACUGAAGGCUUUGGCAGAGCAGCAGAAGGCAGCAGAAGAAGCGGAAGAGGCCAAGCUGAAGGCGCGCGCCGAGCAAGAGAGGUUCCUCCAAGAGGCCGAAGAGGCCAAGCAGAAGGCUCUGGCGGAGCAACAAAAGGCCGCUGAAGAAGCGGAGGAGGCAAAGUUGAAGGCUUUGGCCGAACAGCAGAAGGCAGCAGAAGAGGCCGAAGAAGCCAAGCUGAAGGCGCGCGAAGAGCAAGAAAGGUUCCUCCGAGAGGCCGAAGAGGCCAAGCAGAAGGCCUUGGCAGAGCAACAAAAGGCCGCUGAAGAAGCAGAAGAGGCAAAGUUGAAGGCCCUGGCGGAACGACAAAAGGCCACGGAAGAAGCGGAGGAGGCAAAGUUGAAGGCCUUGGCCGAACAACAGAAGGCGGCUGAAGAAGCCGAAGAAGCCAAGCUGAAGGCACGCGAAGAGCAAGAGAGGUUUCUCCAAGAGGCUGAAGAGGCCAAGCAGAAG